CCGUCGGUCGCGGUUGUGUCUGGGAAGGAGAGAACAUGGCGGCGGAGCCGAGCAAGACCGAAAUUCAGACUCUUUUUAAGAGGCUUCGUGCGGUUCCCACCAACAAGGUGCCUGAGUGGGAGGCGCGCGGGGGCCUGAGGGCGGAGAGAGGCGGGGGCGGGCUGUUCUCUUGGCUGGCAGGCUGCGCCGGCCUCGACCCGGGGCCGCUGACCGUUUGCCCGUCGCCGCCUCCGCAGGCCUGCUUCGACUGCAGCGCUAAGAACCCGAGUUGGGCCAGCGUCACGUAUGGUGUUUUCUUGUGCAUCGACUGCUCCGGCGUCCACCGCUCGCUGGGCGUCCAUCUCAGCUUCAUCAGGUCCACAGAGUUGGAUUUCACCUGGAGCUGGCUCCAGCUGAGGUGUAUGCAGGUCGGCGGCAAUGCCAAUGCGACUGCUUUCUUCCGCCAACAUGGGUGCACAGCCAACGAUGCCAACACCAAGUAUAACAGCCGGGCUGCCCAAAUGUACCGGGAGAAGAUCCGGCAGAUGGGGAGUGCUGCCCUGGCCAGGCACGGCACUGACCUCUGGAUAGAUAAUGUGAGCAGUGCACCCAGUCAUUCUCCAGAGAAGGACUCGGAUUUCUUCACAGAACAUAUCCAACCCCCUGCCUGGGAUGGCCAAGCCUCCGAACCUGCAGAGACCCAGCAGCUAGCCCCGCCUGCAGCGAGCAGUGGCCUGACACAACCGGAGCAUGGACCUAACACAGACCUGCUGGCCACCUCACCCAAAGCUCCCCUGGAACUGAAGUCCUCUAUCAUUGGCAAGAAGAAGCCGGCAGUGGCGAAGAAAGGGCUUGGGGCCAAGCGAGGUCUUGGGGCCCAGAAGGUGAGCAGCCAGAGCUUCAGUGAGAUUGAGCGGCAGGCGCAGGUGGCCGAGAAGCUCCGGGAGCAGCAGGCGGCCGACGCCAAGCAGCAGGCUGAGGAGUCCAUGGUGGCCUCCAUGCGCCUUGCCUACCAGGAGCUCCAGCUCGAUCGGAAGGAGAAGGAGAAGCAGCUCCAGAGCCUGGAGGGGAAGAAGCGCGAGCAGGCCGAGAGGCUGGGCAUGGGCUUGGUGUCCCGGAGCUCCGUCUCCCACUCAGUGCUGUCUGAGAUGCAGCUGAUCGAGCAGGAGACCCCAGUGAGUGCCAAGUCCUCCCGCUCGCAGCUGGACUUGUUGGACGAUGUUGGCACUUUCGCUUCUGGACCCCCAAAGUACAAGGACAACCCUUUCUCCUUGGGGGAGAGUUUUGGUUCCCGCUGGGACACAGAUGCCACCUGGGGGAUGGACAGGGUGGAGGAGAAGGAGCCAGAAGUGACCAUCUCCAGCAUCCGGCCUGUUUCAGAAAGAGUCACCAGCCGGAGGGAGGGUGCUGGCCUCGAGUCCAGGGAGGCGAGGCAAAAGUUUGCAGGUGCCAAAGCCAUCUCAUCGGACAUGUUCUUCGGGCGGGAGAUCGAUUCUGAGUACGAAGCCAGGUCUCGACUCCAGCAGCUCUCAGGCAGCAGUGCCAUCAGCUCUUCAGACCUCUUUGGAGAGGUGGAUGGAGCCCGCGGAGCAAGCACUGUGUCUCUGGGGAACGUUCUCCCCACAGCUGACAUCGCCCAGUUUAAGCAGGGCGUCAAGUCUGUGGCUGGGAAGAUGGCUGUGCUGGCCAAUGGCGUGAUGAACUCUUUGCAGGACGGCUACAGCUCCUACUGAUAUGUCCCAGGCCCCGGCUGUGCCAGCCAGAAGCCCAAGAGCCCCUGGCAGGGAGGCUUGCCUUGUGGAAGCUGGGAGGAAAGUUACUUUCUGUGUGUGGUGUGUGAGUGGGGCGGCCGCGGAGGAUCUUGGGUGAGGGGCCUGUUCAGUGGCAGCCCUGUCCUCUGCCUGUGGCUCCAGCCCCUUGUUCUCCUGCCCUCACAGCCCCUCCCCACUGUGUGCUGAAUUAGUGCCCAUCCGCCCCUGCCCCCAGCGCUGCUACUCAUGCCCAGUCAAUGGGGGCACUCCUUGGGACACCCCACUCUGAACACUGGCUUUGUGCUGGUGUAGAGUCUUGGGGCCUCAACCCUCUUAAACCAGUAGGGGAGGCCUAGAGAGUGCUGCUGAGAUGGGACCCUGGGGUGGGGGUGGGCCUUGGGCAGGGUCCUACUAAGGGCUAGAAUCUCUUCCUGGUCCCCCAAAGCUUCACUGGAAGGCCCAAGCCUCUCCUGUCUCGCCUUACCCACAACUCAGCUGUGAGGGGAGGGUGACUUCUGGACCUCCUAGGUCCUCCCAUCCCAUCGGCUUUGGACCAUAGGACCCUCUGUCCCCUGCAGAGACGUUCCAGUGCCGCUUCCACUGGUUGGUGCCUACUGGGGGCUCAACCUGCCUGUACCCCAGUUCUGGAGGCUGGGAGACCCUGUUGAUCAGGCACGCAGAGGUUGGAAGGGACAGAGGCCACUCCUGGGCUUACCAUUCUGCCUCAGCAUGGUCCUGGGCUCAAGGGCCAGACAGCACCCCGGUGUGAGUCCAUGGGCCCCACUGGCCUUUCUCCGUUAACUGGGCCAUGCACUGUGUCACCCUGCCAUGCCGGCAGUCCAGGCUCUACAUCCCCCGCCCCCUUGGGUUGUGGGGUGGGUGUCCCAAGCAACACGGACCAUUUUCCUCCCUUCCCCCCUGCUCCAAGGGACAUGACUCUCUCCGGACUGUUUGUAUUGCAAGAACAUGGUGUUGAAAUAAAGCCCUGGCGGCCUGGGGCCUGCUGAUCUGA